GAAGAAUUGAAGACAAAGAAUGUAAAACUUUACCGAAACAGUCCUUCCGAUGGAUUACCCGUUAGUGUUGAAUAUGUGGACACAUUUGCCGGACAACAGGUCCGAGAGAGUGAUAAUUGAAUUCAAAGAGUUCCCGAUUCGUGUGAUUGUCCCACAAAUGCCUGAGUUUAGUCUCACCCGACUGUCGAUGGCUUUCUGGCACUCAAACGAUGAGAGAUCGCAAUUCAUACGUGACUUUUUGCAGGCCAUUAAUGUGACAAAAAUUGAUUGUCUGGUCAGCCAUUCCGGGGGAACGAAUGCCAACUCCAAGAUCUGGUCCGAUCCUCAAGAGCUGACAAUCGGAUCAAUUUGUUUGUUUAGUCCAUUUGUUUUCUGGAAAUUGCCUCAUUUCCAAACGGUGUGCCGUUAUUGGGCACAAGUCGGUGAAACUACGGCCGGAAUCAAUGCAAUGGACGCCUUAAGACCGGACAAAAUGGCCCGCGAUUUGGGUUUUAUGCUAUCAUUGGAAUCGGUGGAUGAAAUGCUAUUGUGCGGCCAUUUUUCCCGUUCAGACACCGAUAAACUUCACCACCGAUUAGAGUAUAUCAGAUCACAUCAGAUCCCAACACUUCUGGUUCACGGAGAGAGAGAUGAUUUAGUGCCAAACGAUCACUUCCAACAUUUUGUCCGCGAUUUGGGCGCCACUGACGAACAUAUUGUCCGCUAUUCCUGUGAUAAAAACUUUGCCAUCGAAAGUGUCCCGCAAAGUGAUCACUGGAUUCAAGUGAUAACAUUUAAAGCCGGCGGACAUCUCUCUUAUAUCAAAUACAGUGAUAUUGUGAACAAACAUAUCGUUAAUCAUCUGUUGAGUAAAUAA